GACUACUCUGAGCGUGGAGGAGUUGUGCGCCUGCGCGGGUGGGAAACAGUGCUCGGCGGCCAGCGACGACUGCUAGACCCUCGGCAGCGGCUGCUGAGGCUGGUGAGGAUCGCGGAGCCGGGGCGGUGGACCUUUCCUGCGACAGGGUGCAGCGGAGACCCGCGCUCCUUCCCUCGGCCGCUGCGCGUGGAUUCGCGUUUUUCUUCCCUGCCAGGCUCUUGCGUUGAAGGUUUCCUUUUUGUUAACUCAAAUACAGCCAGUCAAUGCAAACCAAAAUAAGGUGGCACAACAGAAGCUAUCUUCAUUGAAGAAAUACUAUCCAUGAUUAUAUUAUAUUUCCCACUGGGAGGAGAACCUGGAGACAAAUUUUCCAUACUUUAAGCAGUUUUAAUGGCAGAAAGAAGACAAGCUUAUAGUGUACAGGAAGCAGUGGAGCAACUGAUAGGACCUGGUGGACAAAAAUGGGCCAAUAUGGAUCCAGAAGAACGAAUGUUAGCUGCUGCUACAGCAUUUACACAUAUCUGUGCAGGGCAAGGUGAAGGAGAUACAAGGAGAGAAGCCCAGGCUGGCCAGUAUGAUCCCUACAGUAAAGCCUCAGUAACACCAGGAAAGAGACCUGCUCUUCCUAUGCACCUGCAUGUCCCAUAUACAGGAAGCCACGUCCCAUAUACAGGAAGCCGUGUCACCUCAACUGUUUCAGAGACGUCCCAAAAAUGCAGAAAACCAGUGAAGAGGAAGGUGCUCCGAAGAAAGCCAGAUGGGGAAGUGCUAGUGACAGAUGAGUCUGUUGUCAGUGAGUCUGAGUCUGGUACAGAAAGUGAUUUGGAUCUCUGGGACUUGAGACACAGGCUGAUGAACCUGCAAUUCCAAGACGGCACAGAAUCCCCAGUUGGCACUUCACAAAAAUAUAACCUACCAUGUGAAUACCCAGGAGUUUCACAAGAAGAUCAGCUCAUUUGCUAUCUACGAAGAGAAGAAAUGGGCCCUCCUGUUUAUGAACAAGACUUGAUUGUUGCCAGCAGACCCAAGUCCUUUAUUCUCCCCAGACUGGAUCAGUUAAGCCGAAACCGGGGCAAGAUAGACCGAGUAGCCAGAUACUUUGAGUACAAAAGGGACUGGGAUUCAAUGCGGUUUCCUGGUGAAGACCAUAGAAAGGAGUUACGAUGGAGUGUCCGAGGGCAAAUGCUUUCCCGAACAGAACCUCAGUCCAAGCCUCAACAUGUGUAUGUUCCAAACAAUUACCUAGUACCAACUGAGAAGAAAAGAUCUGCCCUUCGUUGGGGUGUCCGUUGUGACCUUGCAAAUGGUGUCAUGCCCAAGAAGCUUCCCUUUCCUCUUUCUCCUUCUUAAGUCCUUUAAAAAAAAAAAAAAAAAAAAAAAAAAGUUUCUCCUACCAAAGGAUUUAGAAUAACCUAGUUCUUUAUCUCUCCUUUAAAUACAACUGCCUUGAAAAGCAGGCAGAACACAGAAUAAAUACUUCACUGGUUCUUCCUAUCAUUGUUGGUAUGUCACAUAGAUACCACACACCACUUGAAUUUCCAAAUUGCCAUUCUCAAAUACAGCAAUUGGUGGGGGCUGGGGGCGGGGUGUCUACUGAAAUUUGUCAAAGUGCCAUUUUGAAAAGACUUGUAAACUGGUGGUUUUUUUUUUUUUUUUUUAAUUUAAUAUUAAGCUCAUCUAUUAAAGAAUUUUGGAAAAUGA